AUCGACUACUGCUCUGCACCCAACUCCAGUGUCGUUCCCUAUUCACGCAAAUCGUGUGGUUCUGGGUCAACAUUUUCAACCUGAAUUAAAUCAUCGUCAAUCGACCCAAUCUAGUGCUGUUUUGGAACAAAUUCUACCCAUUCCAGUGAUCACUCCUGGUUUAGCUGAUCAAUUAAACGAAUUGUCAGAUGGUUCAAAAUCAGUUUUAGCAAAACUUGUGAAAGAGGUGCUUAAACUUCAAGAAAACAUCUCAAACCUAAUGACCAAAAUGGUGGUAAUUGAAGGCAAAAUAGAUAUGAUGACAAAGCCAAUUGAAUCUCAAGCCGCCGAACAACGAGAAAUUGAUCCUGAUUUUAUGACGGAGCCGCUUAAGGAAAUGGAGGAUGUCAAAUUACUUGAGCAAACUUUGUUGGAUAAUGACAAGUACUAUCAACUGGGAUCUCCAGAAGAAACUUUGUAUGUGGCACAAGACUGCUUUGACUUCAAUCAUGAAGCCACUCGAGGUUUAGUUCUCUUUAGGGUUGCUGUUAAGCUAAAUGUGUCAUGCCAGUCAUACCAUCAAGCCCGUCUUGUUUCGUUGUGGAACCCCAGCUUCAAUAUCUUCAAGAGUUAUGGCAGAAUCAAGAUUUUGGUGUGGCCGUCAGAGAUUUGACCAACGCCCAACGCGUACCAUUUUUUAAACGUUAUUUUCACAAAUUGUGAUUACGUAUUGUAUUGUGUAUCGUCCUUUGUAUUGUGCGGGUAUUGUGCUCAAUUAAUACAUUUAAAAUGUAAAACUGAUAUCCUGUAGCUAAUUUAUUUACGAAUGGUGUUACGGGUCGACCCAAAA